ACGCUAGACGCGUUUCCACUGGCACCCGAACCGGCCGCCGAGCUCGGUCCGUCGUGCACCCGGCGGCAAUGGUCGUGCCCCCCGGCGUGGCCUACAACGCGGCCAUCUCCCGCUGCUCCCGUGCCGGCCUGCACCAGCGCGCGAUCGCCCUGCUCCACGAGAUGUGCGCCCGGGGCCACCACGCCGACGAGUACACCCUCCCGCCCGCCCUCAACUCCGCCGCGCUCCUCCGGCUCCCCGCCGACGCGCUCCAUUGCCUCCUCCUCCGCGCGGGCCUCGCCGCGCACCUCCACGUCGCCAACGCGCUCGUCGACGCCUACGCCAAGCUGUCCCGCCACGGCGCCGCGCGGGCCGUGUUCGACGAAAUGCCGCGCCGCGACGUGGUCACCUGGACCUCCCUCCUCACGGGGCUCGCGCGCUCCCGGUCCCACGACUCGGCCCUGCGGGUCUACCGCGACAUGGUCUCCACGGGCGUCUGCCCGGACGAGUUCGCCGUCGCGGCCGCGCUGAGCUCGUGCGCCGGCGCGACGGCGCUCGAGCUGGGCCGGUCGGUGCACGCCGCCGCGGUCCGGCUCGCGCUCGACCCGUUCCUCUCCGUCGGGAACUCGCUGGUCUCCAUGUACGCCAAGACCGGCUCGCUCGGCGAGGCCAAGAAGGUGUUUGACGCGAUGCGGGUCCGGUGCGACACCAUCACGUGGACGGCGCUAAUCGUCGGGUACGCGCAGAACGGCCGGGGCAAGGAGUCGCUCGAGAUCUACGGCGAGAUGGUCCGGUCCGGGUGCCGGCCGGACUACAUCACCUUCAUCGGCCUUCUCUUUGCGUGCAGCCACGUCGGCCUGGUCGACGCCGGCCGGGCGCACUUCCGGUCCAUGCAGGCCGACCACGGCAUCGCGCCCGGGCCGGACCACUACGCGUGCAUGGUGGACCUGCUUGGCCGCGCCGGGCGGCUCGACGAGGCCAUGGACCUGCUGAACCGGAGCACGACGAGGCUGGACGCCACGGUCUGGAAGGCGCUGCUGGCCGCGUGCCGGACGCACCGGAACGCCGAGCUCGCGGAGCACGCGGCGGGCAUGAUCUGGAGGCUCGACCCGACGGACGCCGUGCCGUACGUCAUGCUGUCGAACCUGUACUCGCGGGCGGGGAGGUGGGGCGACGUGGCGAGGGUCCGGACGUCGAUGAAGGCGAGAGGGAUCACCAAGGAGCCCGGCUGCAGCUGGGUCGCGGCGAACGGCGUGACACACCUGUUCUACGUGGAGGACCGAGGCCACCCGCGUGCCGCCGAGAUCUACCGGAAGGUGGAGGAGAUGACGGAGAGGAUCCGCGGCGAAGGGUACGUGGCGGACACGGCGUGGGCGCUGCAGGACGAGGGGCCGGAGGGGAGGGAGAAGGGCCUGGCGCACCACAGCGAGAGGCUCGCCGUGGCGUUCGGGCUGCUCGCCGUGCCGGCCGGCGCGCCCAUUCGCGUGUUCAAGAACCUCCGGGUGUGCGGCGACUGCCACGCCGCGAUCAAGAUGGUCGCCCAGGCGUACGGCAGGGAGAUCGUACUGAGGGACGCCAACUGCUUCCAUCACAUGAAGGAUGGCGCGUGCUCGUGUGGUGACUACUGGUAGGUUCCGCCAGCCGGUCCACCGGUAAGCUUCAAGUCGAGCAGAGCUAGCGCGACAUGGACAGCAGUGGCGGCCACUUUUUCGUCGACACCUCCAUUAUUUACAGCACACCACAUCACAUACUACACAUUAUGAUGAACUAAGCAUGAAACUUAGCAUGCAACUAAUCAAAGUGCUCCAUGCUUGUAUAUUAUGAGAUGCAUGUAUGUAUCCUCCAUCCUCUUGCAACCGUAGUUUCCAGAAGGGAAUAUAUCUCCGGUAAGGCAAGAACAGUACAGUACCGAUCAUGAUCAAG